UUCUCCUCUGUGACUGCAGCAGUGAAUCAUUGCGAUCCUAUUAUAGUUUUUAUUAAAAUUUUGAAUUCGUUUUUACAUGUUAAUUUUAAAGUUUUGGUAAUUAUUAAUUUAGUAAAUUAUGUUUUUAACAUGCCUAGUUUUUAUUAAUUUUUAUUACACCAGAAAUAUGUAAUGACAAUUUUAGUACAACAGGGCCACCGUACACUCCGUGACGUCACUAGCAACAACAUUAUUGUCCGUCUGCUCAGCUGCGCUUCCUCCUGACAUGCUGAAUGAUGCAUUAACCAAACUUGUAUCGUUACUUCACACAUGAACACGAUAAAAUAGCUGGGAUGUACUGCAGUCAGCGGGACGUGAUGCGACGAAUUACGCGCGCCUGAAGGAUAUUUAUUUCGGUUCGCGGUUCAUAGUCUGUCAAUCAGAUGUAAUGAGCUCGAUGCUAACAGUGCGAGGAUUUUAUGAUCGGGAUCUUUAUGAUUUUAUUAUGAUUGACUGUCCGUGAAAGUGUGAAGUGCAACAAUUACUGUGAAUUUUGAAAUUGAGUUCCCAAAAUGCGCAAGUGUAGACUUAGUAGUCAGUAAGAAAUAAAAUAUUUGAGAUAGAAAUCAGUCAUGAUCACUGUUGUCUCUGUGCAUUCAGCGAUCAUUUCAUCUCUAUAAGAACGAGCUCGAGUAACGUUAGAUCGGAUACAGGAUGACGGACACGCUGGUCCUCUCCUUCCAGACGCGGCUGUCUGGGGUGAUGGAAACUAUUCUCAAAACCACCAUGUACGAGAUCACCAGGUUAGUGGAAGAGAGCUUCUUGGAGCAGAUGGAUCGAGGCAAACGAGAGGCGGAGGUGUUAAAACGGAGGCUGAUAGUGUCGGAAACCAAACUGAGAGAACGGGAGAGGUUUAAGAGGGUGCGGUGUGUGGACUGUGGGCGGACAGCAGUGUCCAGGAGGAGGGCACUACACAGAGGUCCCGAGACACAGAGCAGUUUGGACCAUCCACUUGUAAAGCAGGAAAAUGCUUCUGACAAUAGCUGGAGGUGCAGUCCCAAGGGAAGCACAAAUCAGGAGUCUUCAGCAACUCUGGAAAUUAAACAAAAUGCUGUUCAAGUGGGCGAACAUAAACCUGGAGGAGAAGUGAAAGAGGAAGCAACAGAAGCUAGAGACGCACAAGCUUGUCUAAUAAUACACUCUCAAAUACACAAACAAAAAGAUCCUCAGAGCAGUGUGGAAGAGACCAAUGGACUCCGCAAUGCAGAUUCGGACCACAAAACAGGUGGAACGUCCUGCACUGAAAGACCUGGGGAUGAGGAUGAGGUCAGACACAGAAACCCCCCAAAAUGGUUUGACUCUAAAACAGACCCUUCGGCACGGUCAUCUGUUUCGCAGCCAGAACCAGUCAGGACCUCAGUAUCUUCAGAGUCUCCAGGUCUGAGACCGCAGGUAAGCAGCAUAGACUCAGGGCCCGUUAAACAGGAAGUUAUAGUGAUGCUUCCACCAGACUGGGAGGAAAUGGAGAGAAUCAGGCCUCAGAUGGUUUCUGCUCACAACAGUGCUAAGAAGACACAGUUGGAUCUUCAGCCUGGAGAUCCUCUCACGGCUAGGCCUCAAGUACAGGAGCGAGUCUCUUAUCCCACGCCUCCCGUCAAGGUUCAGAGUCUUGCACCACAAGCCAUGCAGCAUCUCCGAUCACCCGUUAGGAAGAAUGCAAAAAUUGUGUUGCAUCCCAAUGCCAUUGUGACAGAUCACAGCGCCAGUGACGUAAACAGAGCACAAUCCAUCUGCAAAGGACUUCCUACUCCAAAACCCUCUCAUGUUCGUCAGUAUCCUGAAGGAGCGGCUACAGGUGAAAGAAGUUUCAGUACCGUACAUCCAGGAAGAAGCCUGCCGCAGAUGGUCAGUGUGAGGGUUCAAGGGGACACGCGCCACCAUUCGGCGAGGACGACACACAAUUGCAACCAGUGUGGAAAAGGCUUCUCUCAUCUGUGUCACCUCAGAGCUCACCAACAGAUUCACACAGGAGAAAGGCAGUUCUGCUGUAACAUCUGUGGACGGAGCUUCACCAAACUGAGUAACCUGAAAGCACACCGCAGGGUUCACACUGGCGAGAGACCUUACAUCUGCACAGACUGUGGGAAAAGGUUCACCCAGAAAUGCAACUUGAAGAGACAUCAGAGAAUUCACUCUGAAUUCACACACUCCAGUAGUAUAUGACAAGCCGUGGAGCUGUAAUAGUGGUAGAAUCUGUUACAUUACACAUAUUAGUUGACGUCGUUUCGCUGAAUGGCUAAGUUAUUUUUAAUAUCAUGCAUCAUAUUAAAAGCUACGUUAUGUUCUGAAAAAUUUCUUUUGCAGUGACAUGACUGGAUCACUCAGGGGAAAAUGCAGAUUGUAUCAUAUUAUAUUAAAGCACAGGACUUUUCCGCUCACUCUGGAUGUUACAGGCUAUUAAUGUAGGUGAGUUGGUCUCACAAAUAAAUGUCCAAAUGUUUAGUUUCA